AGGUACCCUAGUGGCCUGCUCCCCCCCUGCUGGCGUCUCCCCACUUUGAACCCGUCCACUCGGCCCCAUCUUCUCGGGUUCUACUAGACUCUAGACCCUCCUCCUCCGGACUUCCCUUUCCUCAACCCGCGCGUCAACUCGAACUUUGAACGACUCGAGACAAUAUCCUUCAGCAAAAAUAUAUCAUAUUACCAUACUAUUCAUCAUAGAAACCGGUAUUAUACCCUCAAUUUCUCGCGCCUUGCUACCUCACGCCCUGUCGCGCAUCAAACUAUGGCAGCGGCUGGCCUGAUCGAUCCGACAAAGACGGGCAACUAUCCCGUCAUUCUCGGCGAUGCUCUCUUAGGCAAGACAUCCAACGAGAUCUUCACCGGUAUCAAGUACAAUCACAAGCCGACACUCUCGUCAGACUCGGCCCCCAACUUGGCUCGCAUAAAACCCUCUAUCCCCGGAAAGACGGCAUCCUACGAUCUCACAUAUACCGAUAACGACGCAAAGUAUGCAUUCACAGGGACAAGAAAUAAGGAUAGUGGCCAAUAUGUUCUUUACUUCGACCCCAGCCGCGAGGCCUUUAUCCUCGAUCUUGUCGACUCUACUUUCAACAUGAACGUCACCCGACUGCCUGGUAACGCCGAUGCUGACAGUCUCCGUCGUCAAUAUCCUCACAUUGAUAGUGCGUCAAAUAGCGCAUCAAAAACAAACACAAAGAUUGAAAAGAGUGCAUCCGACAAAUCCAAUGCCAAAGCACGCGCCAAACCCACCACACAGAAGAGGGAUAUCAAGCGCAAGCCCGAGAAGAAGCAGGCCCCCAGGAAUAUCGAGCUCUCAUUACCAGUACCUCAAUCCAACGAACAGUCAAAAUCUGCCGAACCCAAGAAGCGUACACCAGCCCCUGAAGAGGAGGACGAGGACGAGGAUGAUGACGAUGGUGGUCUUCUUGUCGAGUAUCCUGGCGCCGACCCCAACACAGCGCGUAGGACUGACUUCUCGCCUGCCUUCCCGUCUGUGCGCCGCUUUGAUGAAUUCAUGGAUCAGCGCGAGUCUGAGGGUGAUGAUGCCGAUGGCGAGGAAGAUGAUGAUCCAGAUUUUGAGUUCAAGCUGCCCAGCCCUGUCAACAACCGUAGCCAAUAUGACAAUGGGCCCGACCCUAUGGAUGUAGACGGGGAAGAGGAAGGAGAGGAAGGGCUAGAAGUCGAUCUCGCCAAAGAACUCGAGGACGCAUUCGAAAACCUGGAGAACAGCCAACAAGAAGACCCCGAUGGGGAUGAAAGCGAGAUUAGUGAAGAGGACUAAAAAGGUUCUGGUUCAUUGGGCCUUUCGAUUUAGAUUUGUUUAUAAUCGGCGUUUCCACGGGAUAUACGGCACAGACACUGCCAGAAACAGCGGUUAUGAUGUUGGCCAGGCGUUGGAAAAGAGCCAUUUUCAAGGGAAUACUCGACGAUACCACUGCCACUACCACCAGUACGACUCUUAGUACCAUUUCUUCUUAAUAGAAGGAAAAGGCUUGAUUCUUCUAAACUAGCUAUAGAAAGAGAGGACUAUUUAUAAUAGUCCUAAAGUGUUUACUUAAGCUAGAUUGCCUAUAGCUACCUAGAAAGGCUUCCUGCAUAUAGGCUUCCUGCAUAUAGGCAUCUAGGGCAAACAGCAAAUACAUACAAACGAAGGGCAUCAGUUAUCUAACAUUUCUGGCUACCCUAUUCUAUAGCAAACACACGAUGACGAAUAUAACCAUAUAUAGAAAACACUUUGCGUGUGGUGCCACUCAUGCUAUCCUCUCAGCCCCUUCUCCUUGAUUAUCAUACUUCCAUUUCUCUCCAGGCAAAUGAUCCGUGAUACCCUCGAUCGCAUCCUCGGACCAAAGAUGGACCUUCGAAUACGAUAACUGCUGGCCCCAGAUUUUGAGGUCCUCCUUGUCAAAUGCUCCAACAGACAUGCUGAUCUUUUCCGACUUUUCAUUGCGCCAGAAGAGCCAGCUGCCGCAACUGGAACAGAAGCCCCGCGCUGCGUCUGGUGACGCGUGGUAUCGCGAUAGCGUCGCCUGAGAGGUGAACUCUACGCUGGAGGCAGGGACUGACUGAAGCCAUGCAAUGAGAGAGCCACCAUUCUUACGGCACUGGGAGCAUUGGCAGGUUGAGCACUGCCAAGUGAUGGUUAGUACAGUGAGAUUUGAGAAAUAGGAAGUGAGACGUACGCUUCUCUUCCAGUCAUGGCCAGAUGGAAAUGUCAGCCUGUAGCGAACUGAGCCACAGAGACAUCCGCCAGAGACGCUUGUAGGGUAUUCUUCUGAGGCCAUUGGGUUUCUUUUAUACGAGUGAUAGUAGCAAUGAGACCGUAGUGUUCGAAAUUAAAAGCAAUGAAACGAGGAAGAGGGAUGAAUGUUGUACUGCA